UGCUUCCUUGGUCACCUUACAGCAGCCCUUCAACAAGAUGAACACAACAGAUCCAGACUUCCACCUAAUAGAAAAACAAAGCAAAAACAAAGGAGUAAUGCAUCGGAAGGAACAAGAAGGGGAAGAAAAAAAAAUUCUUCUUCAAAGGAGGAUCCAACACUAUAAGUAAAGGGAGGAUUCCGUUCUAUUAUGACCAUGUGCUUCUUUUUUUUCACCAGCUUUACUCCUAGACAAAAGACAAAAAAGAAAAAAAAAGAAAAAAAAAACAUUGAAAGAUAAUAAAGCCCAGACAGUAAGCUGAUAGAGAGAGAGAAUCCUUUUGAUACAGAAUGGGAUUGGAUUCCUUGCUGUAAACACAAGCGCUUCCCUUCCCGACCACGUGGCUGUGCACACCCCGAGAAGCAGCACAAUUUCUCGUGUACUGGGCAAAUAACACACUGAUAAGGGAAGAAAAAGGAUGGAGAUGAAAAAUGAAGAACAGGAAGGAGGAGGGACGAUGGUGCCUGACCCACGCCCUUCACAGCUUGACCAGUCUCAACACGCCCCAAACACGGAGGAGGGUGAGAGAGAGGCCCUGUCACAUUACGAGGGAGAGGAUGUGUUACGUACUGCACAUCACGAAGAGGAGGCAGGGCAGGCAUCACAUCACAAGGGACAGGAACAUGUGACAGAACAAGAAACAUACCAGUCUGGGGAGGUGCUGCAAAGUGCCAGGAGGAGGCGGGUGUACAGUGAGGAGUCAGAGGAGGACCAGGCCAUCAUCAGCUAUAUUGUGAGCCAAGAUAUGUACCAGGCAGUCGGAGAAGUAGAGCUGUGGGUGAAAAUGGAAAGACACCUUGAUAAUACCCUACCCCGUGCAGGACGCUCGUGGAAAGGCCUGCGGGAGCGGUUUAGGAGGAGCAUCCUGCCCCUCCUGGAAUCCUUCACUGAGCAUGGCCUGAAUCCUGCCAGGGUGAAGGAAAUGAAGGAAAAUUUUGAAACAGUGGUGAAUGAGGAGCAGGAGGAGGCCAGGGGUGAGGGGGCAGCUGCUACACCCCUGCCACCCACCACCAGCUCCGAGACAGUUGGGGAAGAAAGUGAGGGGAAAGAAGGAAAGAAGAGCUCCCACAAUUCUCAACAGGCUGAAAAAUAUGCAUCUGAAAUUCCUGUAGGGGCAAAUAAGGUGCAGGAAGAUCAAGCCCCACUGGAAGAGGAUUUGAAUCCACUUGAAAAUGCAGAAGAGUAUUGGAUUCCACAGGGUCUGCAAAAGGCUUGGUUGUCAGAUAGAGAGAAUCAGAUGCCACAAGCAAGUCUGGAAGAGAAUCAGAUGCCACAAGAAGAAGAACAGAUGCCACAAGAAGAAGAACAGAUGCCACAAGAAGAGAAUCAGAUGCCACAAGAAGAGAAUCAGAUGCCACAAGAAGAGGAUCAGAUGCCACAAGAAGAGGAUCAGAUGCAACAAGAAGAGGAUCAGAUGCCACAAGAAGAGAAUCAGAUGCCACAAGAAGAGGAUCAGAUGCCACAAGAAGAGAAUCAGAUGCCACAAGAAGAGAAUCAGAUGCCACAAGAAGAGAAUCAGAUGCCACAAGAAGAGAAUCAGAUGCCACAAGAAGAGGAUCAGAUGUCACAAGAGGACCUGGAAGAAGAUCAGUCAUCAGAAGAGGGCCAGCAAAACGAAUGGAGGAUUUUCUUGGGUACUUGGUUACGAAAUAUAGAGGAGCCGAUAUCAGACGAUGAGAAUUCGCCACAAGACCUAGAAAUUUAUCGUCAUUAUUGCUACCAUUAUAAGAUGGAAUGGGAAGAGUGAACACCCUAAGGACUCGCUUGAAGGACUCCAGAAGAUCAUGUACAGGAUUCCUUCAACGUUUAUUCUAAGAGAGAGAGAGAGAGAGAGAGAGAAAGAGAGAGAGGAUGUGAUUGUUAAAGAUGUCCAACUUAGGAACUGAACCCAACCCAACCUAAGUAACCUUCAAUGUGACACCACCACCACUACCUGAGGAAGUAAAAGAACUAUCACCACCACCAUCACCACCACAA